GAUCCCAACAAAGAAAACCAUGAAACUUCUCAAGGUUUUCUUGAUGUUGGCCUUGCUCAUGGCCCUGGCCAUCACUCUCUCCGCCGCAGCACCAUCUGAAGAAGAACCAUUCGUUGACAAUGACGAUGACGCAAGCGAAGUUGCUGAUGAUCUUCUCCCGUCGGCAGACGGCCAAGAACAACCAACUUCUCUCCGAGGAACAAGCCGGUUUCUUGCUCAGAAACCUCGGGCCGUGAUGACAUGUAACAAGUACCCCAGAGUCUGCCGUGCCGCGGGCAGUCCGGGGCCUGAUUGCUGCAAGAAGAAAUGCGUGAACGUGAAGACAGACAGGCUUAACUGCGGGAUGUGUGGUAAGAAGUGUAAGUACUCAGAGAUUUGCUGCAAAGGGAAGUGUGUAAACCCAAUGUCCCACAAAAGACACUGCGGGGGUUGCAACAAUCAGUGCAGCAAAGGAAGCAAAUGUUUGUAUGGGAUGUGCAGCUACGCAUAGAAACCAACUUCAGCAGACCUUCUUCAAGAAUUUUUGAUCAAAUGAUCAAGCUAGCAUAUAUGUUUAUGCUACAGUCAAUUGAAUUAUAGA